AUGUCGACCCCGACAACGGCCACUGCGACACUGCCUCCUCACUCGCAUUAUCAUCAUCCCCAUUACCCCUACAACCAUCAGCCGUACCAGGCCUCUACUGCUACGGGCUCCUCAUACCGUCAGCCCGCAAACCCAAUCCUCUCCACUUCCUCCUCGACGGCGACGGCGACGGCUAGACUGCCUUCCUCGUACGCCAACUCGUCGAGCAUCGCGUAUUCUACCACUUCUACUGCCAGUCACGCCGGUCCAAAUGGCCUAGGCCCUUCAGCCUCGUCAGCCACUUCGAGGACCAUUCACGACAUUUCGAGUCCCGACGCGAACUACUCCGUUAACGCAAUGCCUACCAACUCACAAUCUCAGUCUUCCCAGUCAGGUCGCAAGCGACGACGCUCAAAGGAGCCCGACUGGAACAAGUUCUACAAAAACGGCCUCCCCAAGGAAAUCAUCGUCAUCGAUGAUACCCCCGAGCCAGAGCAGGGCAAGGUUGUCGGCAAUGGCGUAAGGGUCGUGUCCAACGGCAACGGCAACGCCAUCGCCACCAACGGUGCCAGCAGUCGUCCUAUUCCCAAGAAGCGGAAAAGAGACGACGAGCCUCAACCGUACGACCCUGUCUACCACAACAGCAAGUACGCCGCCUCCCACACAACCACUCCUCAUCACAACGGGACCCCCAGCGGCUCCACCAUUUCAACCGAUCGCACGACGAACUCGGCCAUCCAUACCACGGCUGCCACCUCACUGUCCUCGAACGGCCAGGAAUAUUACGAUGUGCAGCCCGGCCAAAAGAGGAAGAGGACUCGUCAGCAGAUCGCUCAAGAGGCGAAGAAGAGAGAGGUCGAAGGCCUUGGCGAUCCCUUCGUCAGCUACAAGCCGCCCCCCUAUCCUCCCAAGAAAGCCUCCGACGUGCACGUUCGGGUGGUUCAGGAUGCCGGCUACAACAAAAACGCUAAAGUCGACGAUGACGAUGGACACUACAUUGUCGUUCCCGAUGCAGACUUGACGAAAGAGUACCAAAUGGUCAAACUUCUCGGACAGGGUACCUUUGGCAAGGUCGUCCAGGCUCGAGACCGAAGGAGGAACAAGUCGGUUGCGAUCAAGAUCAUCCGAUCGGUACAAAAGUACCGAGAUGCAUCUCGAAUCGAGCUCCGAGUCCUGGCCACGCUUAAGGAGAACGACAGUGAGAACCGCAAUCGUUGCAUUCACCUGCGGGACUGUUUCGACUAUCGCGGCCACAUCUGCAUCGUCAUGGACCUUCUCGGACAGAGCGUCUUCGAUUUUCUGAAAAGCAACAGCUUUGUGCCUUUCCCCAACAGUCAAAUCCAGAGUUUUGCCCGCCAGCUCUUUACCAGUGUCGCCUUUCUGCACGACCUCAAUCUCAUUCACACUGAUUUGAAGCCCGAAAACAUCCUUCUGUGCGACAGCGCAUACCAAACUUUUACGUACAACCGAAAGAUACCCUCCUCGUCUACGACCGUGAACCGUCAGGCGAACCAGCGCCGAGUCCUACUGGACACUGAAAUUCGUCUCAUCGAUUUUGGCUCCGCCACUUUCCAGGAUGAAUACCACAGCUCUGUCGUAUCUACUCGUCAUUACAGGGCACCCGAGAUCAUUUUGGGCCUCGGGUGGUCUUUCCCCUGCGAUAUCUGGAGCAUAGGGUGCAUUCUGGUCGAAUUCUUCACCGGCGACGCCCUCUUCCAAACCCACGACAAUCUGGAACAUCUUGCCAUGAUGGAGAUGGUCGUUGGUCAGAGGAUAGACUCUGGUCUUGUCCAAGCCGUCAACAAAAUGGCCACUCGGAGCGGCGGAAACCCAGCCUCCAAGUACUUCAAAAGGCUCAAGCUUGACUACCCCACGCCGGAGACGACGCGGGCUUCUAAGAGAUUCGUCAAGGCGAUGAGGCGACUCGAGGACAUUAUCCCUUCAAACACUACCUACUUCAAGAACUUCUUGGAUCUUCUCCGGAAGAUCUUCGUCUACGAUCCCCAGCACCGCAUCACCGCGAAGCAGGCGUUGCAGCAUCCUUGGUUCAAGGAACCCGCGACACCGGACGAUGGUACCGAGGCCGCCAAGAUUCGCUUGGAACGAUUGAGACAGGAGCAAGAUCAUCGGCAUCACGCAUGA